UCCUUCUCUUUUCUUACAAGAGAGAGAAGAGAGCUGACACAUUUCUAAAUUUUCCAACUCAUCUCUUCUUCUCUCAUUACCAAAAACGGUAAUUUCAGAACAAAUCUAGGGUUUUCCAUUCCCGGUAAAGAUCCACACUUUAACACUACCAUUACUAAAAAAAAAUCUCAACUUUUUUUGUUUGCUUCUUCUCCUUCUUUGCUCCUUGAAUCUAUAUUCUUAGGGCGUCUUCUUCCUCUGCAAUUUCAUCUUUUCGCUUCAAUGGAGGAGGUGGAUUGCACUUUACCAGUCACAAAGACCACUACGGAACCCUCAGAUGCUUGUACCACUGAGGACGCCAUUCGAGCUUUAUUCGUUUACUUAGUCGACCCUUUGCUUCCAUUCAAAUCAUUUGAUGUCCCUUCCAAGCCCCUCCGCGAAUCUGUCGCCAAACAGGUUCAUGCUGUUGUGUUGCUCUUCAAUUAUUACCACAGGAGAGACAACCCUCAUCUUGAAUGUUUGUCUUUUGAGUCGUUCAGUAGCUUAGCUACGGAUAUGAGACCUGCUCUGCUGCUGCAUUUGAAGGAGGAUUCUUCUGGGAGAGAUGGUGAUUUGGACCAUACCGUUUUGCUGGAGAAGGUUAUUAAAGAUGCUUGUAGUUUAUCCAUGAGCUUAGAUGCGUCUUCAGAUCUUCUUGUCUUGAACAAGUUCCCUAUAAGGACAGUUGCGGUUCUACUAGUUGACUCAGAGAAGAAGAACUGUUAUCUUAAACACAGCUCCAUCACGCAAGGUGUGUGGUCACUACUUGAAAACCCCAUUAUAGCAGAUCAGAAACAAGAGGUCGUCUUUCAAAAAGUUGCAUUUGCUGCUGUUAAGGAGGCCACAGGUGUUAAUCACAAGGACAUUGUGAUAUUGGAGAGGCAUCUGGUAUGCUCCUUGAGUGAAGAGAAGACUGCAGUCCGCUUUUACAUAAUGAAGUGUACUUCACAAGACAAGUUUUCUGGAGAAAAUCCCGUUGAAGAAAUGCUUAGUUGUAUGCAGGGUCCUUUGUUUGAGAAGAGCUUCUCCGAAUGGUCUACAAAUUCCAGAGUGGAAUACUUUCAUGUUCUUCCAUAUGCCAGCCUCAUACAAGAUUGGUUUUCCAGGCGAGGAGAUACUGAAUCUUUGAUAGAGAAAGAAUCAGAAGCUGUAUGUGAUGACAGAGAAAGCAAUGGCAACGAAGAUGCAACCAAUGAGUUGGAACUUUCUGACAUUUUUGGAAGAGGAGGAAAUGCUGCUUCUAGAAGGCGUAAUGAAAUUAAAGCCAAAAAAGUUGCCGCUCUACUUAGCAAUCCUAAAGCUAGAAGAAAAGCUACUCCGGGGAUACAUAAUCGAUACUUCAAAGGAAGUAUGAAAUCUUAUGUCGAUACUUCAAAUGGAGGGAAAGGUGGUUUGGAGGUUGCAUCUGAUCAAAAUGAUCACAAAGAAAGAGGUAUCCAGAGGAAGAAAGCUGUUACUGACAGAUUUAAUAGCAUUCAUAAGCUUCAUGUAGCUCCUGUUUCUGCUCAUAACUCUAACCAAAACCUUGAGGACCUACAGACGUCUCUUCUUUCUAGAGCUACAUCACUAUCCGAAACUGCAUUGAAAGUUCUUCUUUGCAAACGAGAUAAACUGACUCGUCAACAGCGGUACGUAGAAGACGAGAUUGCUAAAUGCGAUAAACGCAUCCAGAACAUCAAAGGUGAUUGGGAGCUGCAAUUAGAAACAAUACUCGAGUGCUGUAACGAGACAUACCCAAGCCGCACCCUUCAAGAAUCUUCUGACAAGUCAGCAUGCCAAAGCAACAAGAGGCUGAAGCUCUCUGAAUCUCUUCCUACUACUAAAAGUCUGUGUCAGAGACUCGACGAUAUCUGUCUCAUGAAUAACUGGGUACUACCAAACUAUCGUGUGUCUCCAUCAGAUGGUGGGUAUGAAGCUGAAGUAAGAAUCAAGGGGAAUCAUGUCGCAUAUACAGUACAUGGAGAGGAAAAGUCUGAUGCUGAGGAAGCUAGGGAAUCUGCGGCAGCUUGCUUGCUAACUAAGUUACAAAACACAACAGCCAACUUGUCAUGACUGAGUGAGAUCCAAGAGCAACUCAGAACCCAAACUAACUUCCAUCAUGAGUAGAAAAGUCUGUAUAAAACCAUUGCAAGAUGCCAAGAUUUGUACCGACUCCAUUCCACUGUUCAAACUUCUAGAUAUAUUUCAAGAUACAAAAGGUAUUAACUGAUGCAAUAACUUGAGUAGACCGAGCACCAAACCCAGAGUUAUGUUAUAAAUA